AAUGUUGUUCUCUUGCAAAAAAAAAAGUAGUGUGCUUCCAAUAGUUCAAAAGCAAAUGUCAUGAAAAAAGCAAUGGAGUACUAAAAACCCUUUGUCAGUAGUAGUCCCAAGGGGUGCAGGAAAGCUGCAGGUUAUAACGCAGUCCUCAUUAUAAUCUGGCAGAAUGACAAGAGGGUGGAGGACAGGACGAGACAAUGGGGGCUGACAGAUCCCAGGUUCAGGCUCUACAGGUAUACGUAGCUGGCUCCAGCGCUGCUCACUACACUGUGGCAGAGGUAGAGGAAGCCCGGACAGGUGUCGCGUGUAAAGGCUACGGGCCAUGGAACAGAUGAUAACAUGAACUGGGCUGGAUUCCUUCAGAUUGUGCUGGUCAUGGUCCAUCUCAGCCCGAUCUCGUGCCAUGGUUCUGUCCGGAUCUCCAUUCCAGAGGAGCAGGAUUCUGGCAUAUGUGUCGGGUCAAUUAGUUCCACGUUCCCCCCACCAUACCAGCUCCUGACUGAGGACUACAUCAGGAUGGACAAAAAGACAGGGGAUGUGUUCACCACAAACCACAGGCUGGACCGGGAGUCUCUGUGUCCCGAUCAACCCCAGGGGGAGGAUUGCAUCAUCCCACAAAGGACCAUUGUCUUCGUAGGUCUUGAGGAAACAGCUGUACAGCUUGUUGUAGUAGUUGAAGACAUCAAUGACAACACACCUGUCUUUGACAACACUGACAUCCACAAGAGUGUUCCUGAAAAUGUGGCCGUUGGGACCAGUUUCCUUUUGGACAAUCAGGCAGUAGACAGAGACACGGGUCGCAAUGCACAGCUGAGGUACCACCUAGAGGGCGCUGCUGGGUUUUUCACCGUCAAAAAAGAUGAGAGCGAAGGGACGGCCAUUUUGUUUUUGGUUGUGCAAAAACCUCUGGAUCGCGAGACGCUGGACCUUCACGAGAUGACUCUAGUUGCCACGGACCAAGGGGCAGUCCCACUCACCGCCACCGCGGCUUUAUCAGUCGAAGUGACCGACGUGGACGACAACUGCCCGGAGUUCAGCCCUGGCAGCCCCCAAAGGGUUAAUAUUACAGCGGGCUCACGCAGAGGCACAGCCGUAGCCCAGGUUAGAGCCACCGACCCGGACCUGGGCUUUAACGCUGCCAUCACCUACGCCCUCAGCCCCAGGGUCUCCGACCGGGCCAAGGAGCUCUUCACACUGAACAGUCAGACCGGCCUGAUCAGCCUUAGAGUGGACCUCCAUGUUGACACUGCCAGUGGCGGCGGAGAGGAGGUGGUGUUGAAAGUGUUAGCCAGCGACCCCCGCGGGCACUGCACCCCUGCAGAUACUCAGGUAACUGCAUCGCUGCUGGUCACGCAACAGCCCAGCCUGAAGAUCAGGUUCCUAGCCGAGCACAGAAACCAGACGAUAAUGUUACAGGAAAACAAGCCCCCCACCGUCUUGGCUAUCCUAGAGCUGCCAGGGGAUACGAGUCGUUUUAUAGGCUCAUCAUCUCUGUCCAUUGAAGGAGAGGAGCCGUUUUCUUUGAGCCCACAGAACGGCAAAUACCUCCUAUCGACAUCAAAGCCCUUAGACUACGAGAUGAAAAGUGAAUAUCAUGUUUCUGUGGUAACGUGCAGUGGCGUCGGGGAGCCUAAAACUCCGGGUCACUUUAGGGAAGUGAUCCGGGUGCUGGUUGUCGAUGUGAAUGACAACGCCCCGCAGUUUCUUCAGAGCCACUAUCAUUUGGAUGUGGAGGAGAACAACCCACCCGGAUCGUCUCUGCUGACAGUCACGGCAUCGGACGCGGACGGCCAACAGAACAGCAGGGUCACGUACAGACUGGUUCCGACGUCACACAACGAGGCGGCGGCCAUCUUUAGAAUUGACAGCGUCACCGGUCAGCUGACAGCCUCGGCGUCUUUAGACAGGGAACAACGGGAUGUUUACACCCUGUCCGUCCUGGCUAGAGAUAGUGGCUCUCCCCCCUUGGAGUCCACGGCGAUGGUGACGAUCAGAGUCCUGGACCAGAACGACAAUGCUCCGGUUUUCCUCACCCCGCACUUCUUCUUUUUCAUCCCAGAGGAUGUACCUCCGCUGGCCCAGGUAGGGAAGGUGGGGGUGUUGGACGCAGAUGCAGGUCCCAAUGGAGAGGUUGAGGUCAGAGUGUUGAACGGCAGCGUUGGCCCCUUCAUCGUCGACAGCGCCCAGGGGACACUGCGCUGCACGGCCGGCCUUGACCGUGAGCGACAGGACCGCUACGAGUUACUUCUCCUCGCCACCGACAACGGCCGCCCGUCGCCGCUGACCUCCGUCGCCAGGGUAACGGUGUUCCUCGAGGACGUAAACGACAACCGGCCCAAGGUCGUCCUACCCAGCAGCAACCUGUCAUGUCUACCCGUCUCCCUGGCGACUGCCACCGGCACCAUGUUGACCAAGAUCUACGCCGUCGACGAGGACUCAGGGUUAAACUCGGAGAUCACAUACACAGUCGCGGCACAGGAACCACCGGGAUCGACGUCCCACCACGGCGGCAGAAGCCCUUUCAAGUUGGACGCACGGACAGGGAAUGUGACCUUGGCCCAGAGGCUAAUGGGUAAGGACCUAGGGAUGCACCAUUUGUUCAUUGUGGUAAGUGACAGGGGGAAACCAGAGCCCCUCCACACCACUAUUUGGGUCAAUCUCCUGGUUAACGACACCUUGGAACCAUGCCAUUUAGAAACCACACCCACACCACAGCCCUACAUACUGUCGAAGACCACCUCAGAGUCUUCCGCCUGCAACAGAGAGGCUGAUAGGGAGGGACAAGCUCAGCAGAUUUUUCUAAUUGGUCUUGGCAUGAUGGGGGCAUCGCUCUGCAUGUUUCUGGGGACAGUCAUUUUAUACUUGAAACAGAGGAAGCGAUCAAGAAGGAAACCAAAGGAUAAGGUAUUGGUCAAUGGGGAGAAUCAGAUUCCUCUACGCAUUCAAGACCAAUAUUACACAGGAGAAAUGCUCUAAUGCUUGUUCUGCCCCCUUGUAAAUUAUGUAUAUUUUACAUGUAUUGAAUACCAUGUAAUGUUUUGGAUUUUGUUAAAGAGCUUUUUUCCCUGUCUCUUCCACAGAAUCUGAUAAACAUGGCUGCCAUAUUUACAUCUUUGCAAUAA